AUGGAGGAGGAGCCCAGCGCGCCGCAGCAGCUCGCGGCCAUCGAGGCGCUGCCACAGCUGAGCCGCUGCGGCGCGGUGUCGGCGGCGUUCCGGCGCGCGGCGGCGGCGGCGCUGCGGGCGCGGCUGGGCCGGCUGUGCCGCACCGUCCGACUCGAGAUGUCGUUGCUGGAGCGGCGCGCGGCGCAGGCGGCUUUGGCCGGCGGGCGCGAGGCGGGCCGCGGCCUGCUGCACGUGCAGCGCCGGCACUCCGUGCUGCGCCUGCUGCUCGCCGUCAUCAGGGUCAUCCGCGCCUGCUGCUGGAGGCUGGUGUUCUCGCGGGAGGGCAGCCGCGAGGGGGACGGUUCGAUUCUCUGCUGCGACGUGCAGCUGCAGGGCGAUGCGCGGCUGCACCUGCCGCUGGACCUGGAGCACCUGGCGGGCGACGUGCCGCCGCUGGCUCCGCCCCCGCCGCCUCCGCCGGGCCGGCGCCCCUACCGCAGCUGCGAGGAUCUGCCCGCGCGCCCGUUCGCCUCCUGGCUGUCGGUCGGCGCCACAUCUGAGGACAGCGCGCGCUCGCAGCAGGAGCAGGGCGACAUCGCGUGCUUCGCGCAGGCGCACUCUCGCCACGCCGGCGCCUACACUGACUCCGAGAGCGCCGCCGUAGCCAGAGACGUCGUGGCCAGCCUGCUGUCAGGCGUGCUGCUCGACACAGUGCUCGUUCCCGGUGACGAAACCAGCACAGAAGAAGUCGGUGUGCAGACGUCCAACGACCUCUUGUAUCUGGGCGGUAGCAACGACAACAUGGACGGCGCCUACAGGGUCUUCGAAGAUACCCUCUUGCAGUCUGCCGGUUCAGAGGACAGCGUCAGCAGCUGUCCCACAGAGGCGGACUGGAGCUACAGCUUCAGCAUGAGCAUGAGCCUGGAGCGGCCGCUGUACGACGGCGGGCUGCCGCACCAGCAGGUGCUGGUCAUGCUGACGCACUCGCUCAGCAACGCCGACGUCUCCUCCUACACCGACGUCGACCUCUGACCGUGGCGGGCCGCCUGCCUGGCCACCUGUCUGUCGGCUAUUGCUGGCUGGCUGCACUCUCGUCCACGACACGGCUCUCUGACAGCGCUAAGUCUUCGACGACAAAAAAGAGAUAUAGGUCGCCUGUAUCAUCGGCGGUGGGUAACUGCAGUUUGCCCCCUCAGUCUGGAGAAAGUGCACAGUCAAGAAGGGACUGCAUACACGUUGACAAAUGUCUGCUCAGGCAGGAAGACCAUAUCGGUUUAUAUUUUUAAAAAAUCGCUGAAUGUUGGAAACAUGGGGUGAAAUCCAUAUUAAA